AUGAGUAUUGAACCCACAUUCCAAGGGUAUAUUGAAACCACUCAAGAUACUCUCCUCAUUUUUGAGGCAUGUAGAAGGGCGAUGCUCACGAGAAUAUGCCGACGCUUACAGGAGAAGGAACGUAAGAUCGUAACUUCCGGUAGCGUGUUUGUUUUUGACGAACGCGAAUCAGGUAUAAAACGUUGGACGGACGGCCUGGUCUGGAGUCCUUCGCGGAUUCUUGGAAACUUUCUUAUUUACCGUGAGCUGGACAAACGGGCGCCGGCAGGAAAGAAAGAUUCAUCGUCACCCGUCGAGAGGCAGCGUAGCGGCAGCGCUGACAUUGAAUCACAGGCUGAAAAAAAUAAAGAACGCGCCCUGGUCGGCAGUCUCACUAACUCAUAUCGCUUUAAGAAGGGAGGCUUGAUCAAAAAAACAAUGUCCAUCAUGGUUAAUGGGGUUAGCCAACAUAUGAUAAGCUACUACACAAAGGAAGAUGUGAUAGCAUGUAAACUCAAGACACCAUCUUCGAUACCAUCUCUGGCGAUUCUUGAGAUUGCCCCGGAAUUCUUGUUAAAACAAAAUUUCAGGAUACCACCGGUGAUAGAGUCCACUUAUGAACAAGAGUUAGAUGGAAUGUCCUAUGGAAAAUCACCGUCAACGGUUUCUUCGGCUUCACCGCACGCCAUACUUCCUAAACCUGGUGGGGGUACUGUAAGUCCAUCACGGCUGGCAAAUAUGGAGUUUGCACCUUCUCGUGUAAAGAUGGAGAUGGAAAAUUCAUCGACCGUUGAAAUUUAUCGACCAACCUCAUCUUUUUAUUCUGGUUCAAAUUCAUCUUCCAACUAUCAUCCAGCGAUGCAUUCUCAAUAUGCAUCAUCUUACGCUACACCGUCUCAUCACCACGCUGCAACCUCGAACGGCGUGGACGGAACGCACACACUACCGAUGCCACAAAUGCGUCCCUACAUUAGUCGUCCAACUCCAUAUCAUGAUUUCCCACCGCCUCGUUUACUGACGCAACCAUCGCAAUCCAAUCAGCCCUUGAUACCAAGCAUCGGAUCUCAUCAAAAUGAUUACAAUGGUUAUUACCACUCAUCAUCACCGCAAAGUUAUCCUUCGUCACCUCAAAAUUAUUCCGCUUAUUCGUCGCAUUCUUCGACACACACAAAUAAUCCCACUACCGUCACUGCCGCUUCUGCUCACGGAAAUAAUCCGACAUUCAACACCCUUAGUCAAGUCCCUUUGUAUACCACCGGAAAUCCAUACAAUGAUCUUUCACAAAAUAUGCCCGAUUUGUAUAAUACUUUAAAUUCUCCUUCGCCAACCUCCGCAUCACAAUCCCACCAGCACCACGAACAUUUGGUCACCUCGCCGUCUCCCACUCUCCCAGCCAUUUCAUCGCCCACGAGCACGUCCAGCAUAAACAACAACAAUAGUUCAAGUAAUGCACCCGUGACUCCACCCCUCAGCUCUCCGAGUGUCAAUCCCGGCAGCGGAGGGAAUUCAAAUAUAUUUGGCCCGUACUACACAUCCCUCAUAAAGAACGAGAGUUAUCAUUCAUCCGUUUCAUCUAUGUUAGAUCCUUAUUUUAGGAACGACAGCUGGGAAAUGAGAAAUUAA